AUGGGGGUCGGGGUAACUACAGCGGGCGUGGAAGCGGUUAUAGAGGAUCAUUUCGUGGUAGCGGCAGCCGCGGCGGAUAUGAUGGCGGCCGUGGGGGCCGAGGAGGCGGCUACUCAUCUUAUAAUGAAAAUCGAUACAACAGCAACAAUCCCAACAGAUAUUCAUCAAGAAAGUUCAGCUAGUUAUUCAAACCGUGACUAUGGUGGUCGAUCAGGCUCUCCAGAACGCAAACGGAUGAGAAUGGAGGUUAGUUGA